AAACAUGUUUCUUUAAGGCUAGAUUUUCAUACAGGAUCUUGGUAGCUUACUCAUUAGUCAGUAUUGUCAUUUUGAUGUAAGUCAUGAAGGCAUAAAACAAUGCUUCUUAAAGUAUUUUUGGUCUUGAUAACAGUUUUUUCUGCUCUCGAAAUCGAAGCUUUAGGUAGUGACUCCAGAAACGACGAAGGCAAAAUAAACGUGGUUCUAUUCUUCUCGAAUGGAGAUUCCCCUGCAAAGUCUCAAAGUGGUGUGCAGCGCUUGGGCUUGGAAGAGAAAACUAGAGUAAAAUUUAAUUCUAUCCCCCAUCGAGUCCACCCUUACGUGGCUCAAAGAAAUACUCAAAAUUGCAAGGAGCUCUUGAGAAAUGGUAUCCAGUCUUUAGUCCAUUUUUGUCAGACUGCACUUGGGAUGAAGUCAGCUGUUGCAUCGGUAUCUAUCCAUGAAAUAACGAAAGAUAUCAGUGCACAAGAGGCUGAAGUACCACACGAAAUUCGCGUACGACAAACCUCGAUGAAUAGAUUUCAAAGGCAGUUUGUGAGAACAGACCCAAACAACAGAGGGCUGAGACGUAUACAAAAAGCCCAUUUGAAAAAUAUAGUCACUUCUCCGGCUCACAAAGAGGUUUUCAAAAUCAGAGUUAGAAGAAACGCGUUAAACGGUAAUAUCGAAAGAAAAAUGCAUCCAAUUAGAGAUAUAAAUCUAGAGAAGUCAAGAGACGGUCACGCAUGGGAUAUUUUCGAUGUUAUGCAGCAUGUGAGGUAUUCCUUCUUUGGGAAACUUUUCGAAGACGAAAUCAAGAAAAAUGAAUUUAGCCCUUCUGUACAGAAAGGAAUGGAAUCGAUGAAACUACCGAAACUUGAUCCAGGUCUAUUUGAGACUGUAAAGUCUACUUUGAGCAGUCUCCAGGAAACUUCAGACCCAUUUUUGAUGGUCAUAUUUGGCGGACACCUUUCUGAGAUUGGUGAUCCUCACAGUGCCCUGGUUCAAAGCGUUAAACACGUGACAGAAUCUACGAAUCCUGAAAACACUUUGAUAGUCCUAACAACAUCAUGUCCAGAAACCAGCGGCGCGGAUCAUCCGGAAGUUAUUCAGAUCGACGAAAAUCCUGCUCUAAAGCAUCAACGGUGCCAGGAUUUUCCUGUUUUCGCUAAAGGUCCGAAAAGCGAUAAAUUGUCUUAUGUAGCAGAAUUGCACGAAAUACCAGCGGCGGUAAAAGAUGCCUUGCAAGAAAUAUCGCCGAAUUUCGGAGGAAACCAAGAAGGCGAGCCCAGAAAUAGGAGAAGUGUAUUAAGCGAAGCCCUUAAGACCGAGAAAAGUUCUGCAAAUUACGUCAGGCCUAUCAGUUUUGGUACAAUGAUAUGUCUAACAUACGCACUUUUCUUUAACUGAUUCAGCCAAUAAAAUAUUAGUAGUGAACA